AUGCCAUAUGAUAACAUUUUUUGUUUCAGCUUGUUCUUUAAGCAGGAGAUGGAGCUCUCCCUGGUUGGCCUUCAGAAUGCUGGGAAGACAUCUCUAGUCAAUUCAAUUGCUACCGGUGGCUACAGCGAGGACAUGAUUCCAACUGUAGGCUUUAAUAUGCGGAAAGUCACCAAGGGAAAUGUCACAAUUAAACUUUGGGAUCUUGGAGGGCAACGUAGAUUCCGGACUAUAUACGUUGUCGAUGCUGCUGACCGGGAUAGCGUUCCGAUUGCUAAAAGUGAAUUGCAUGACCUGCUGACAAAACAAUCUUUAUCUGGGAUCCCCUUACUUAUCCUUGGCAACAAAAUUGACAAGUCAGAGGCACUUUCUAAGCCGGCAUUAGUUGAUCAACUUUUGCACAUCUUCGUUCUCAUGAUGUGGAAGGGGAAGCCCUUUUUAGUAGGGAAACGAGACCCUUCAACUAUCUUGAUUGCCAGACUGGUGAAGAUAAUCCUAAGCCCUGAAAGGAAUUUGUCGUCAGUUGGUCCGUGGGUUGAAGAAAUUAAGACCUCGCUUCGGGAGUUCAUGGACUUCAAGGUGGCAUGGGCUCGCCGCUCUGCGACCUCGGUCGCUCACAAGUUGGCUAGAGUUGGGGUCGGGGAGGAAUGUUGUCAGGUGUGGGUAGGAGUGCCUCCUGAGUUCAUUCUCGAUGUUGUAUCUGAUGACAUUCCGCUUUAUGUUUAA